GGACUACAAUAACCAGCGUCACCCCUGCUGCAAGCGAGGCAGUGUAAACACAACUCCAGGAACAUGAAAAGAUCGGGUGACAGUGAGGGAGAGAAGAGAAGAAAGAGGCGGAGGCUCCUGCAGCAGUUGGGGGACCAAAAAAUCCCUUUUCUGGGACCUCCUGAUCGGGGCUAUCAGCAACUGUGGGAUUCCAGUUACACUGGUCUGGUUCUGAGGAGAUCCUGCUCACUGCCUGUCGAGCUGCAUGGCCGUGUGCAGGCAGCUCUGCUCACCCUGAGAAAGAAAGGCUGCCUCCUCAGGGACUUGGUUCGCGUCCGGGACCGAGAUGUAUUCACUGCAGUCUCACGGGCUCUGCUGGGUGAGCCGGGCCACACCUAUCGCUAUCUGGACACACGGCUCUUUGCCAUCCCCUGGCACAGUGAGGACACAGAGGCCAAAGGACAGAACUGCUGUGACCCUGACUUAAGGGCUGCUUGCAAGGCAUUGUGGGAGCUUAACACCUUCUUCUGCUCUGAUGUUUCUCAGCUGAAAGAAGGCGACAGACUCACACAGUGUACAAAGGGGGAGGCAGAGGCCAAACAAGGUGAAGAGGGGGACACAGAGUCUAAACACAGUGAAGACUCCAAGUACAGCGAAGGAGCAGAGUCCCGGCAAAGUGAGGAGGGGGACAACGAGUCCAAGCACAGUGAGGAGUGGGACAUUGAGUCAAAACACAGUGAAGAGGGCUGCUCGGGGUCAAAACAAGAAGGAGAAUGGGAGAAUGAGUCAAAACACAGCAGUGAGGAGGGGGAGUCCUCCCAGGUCAAAGGAGGUGCAAUGUGUCUCACAUCAGGGACUGAUCACAGUGAAGGAAAGAUCCCUGGCUGGACUCCUAAAACCAUCUGCAGCACUGAAACUAAACCCCUAGUGACCCAUGAGAAACCUGUGGCUCAACUAAAGCACAAUCUGUCAGAUUACCACUUGGAGGACAAAGAGGAGCAGCCAGGUGGGCAGGGAUGUUCCCAACCGAGUCCUCCGCAGGUAUGCACUGGUCCAGUCAAGUUCAAUGUCACCUUACUCAACUACAUGGACCCGGCAGCUAUGAGCCAGCUCAAAGAGGAGCCUUACUAUGGCAUGGGGAAAAUGGCCGUAGGGUGGCACCAUGAUGAGAACCUCAUCAGUCAUUCACCAGUGGCUGUUUACAGCUAUAGCUGUCAUGAUGACAAAGGUGAGAGCAGUGAGGGAGGCAGCGGGGAGAAGACAUGCUGGAGAAUUGGGCUGAAAGUAGCCUGGGACAUCCACACACCUGGCCUGACGCUUCCACUGGAGUCAGGAGACUGCUAUUAUAUGAGGGAUGACCUGAACUCCACCCACCAGCACUGUGUCCUAGCUGGAGAGAACGCUCGCUUCAGCUCCACACACAGAGUGGCUGAGUGUUCUAGUGGGACCCUGACCUACAUCCAGUCCCAGUGUCAGGAGGCCCUGACCAACCUGCACACUGACCCAGAGACAGGCUCACACAGCCUGCUGGCCCUGCUGCCCACAACGCUACAGCAUUGUGAGGAGAUUCACAAUGAGGUGGAGUUUGAAUGGCUGAGGCAGUACUGGUUUCAGGGCCAGCGUUUUGCCCGCUUCUGCAGCUGGUGGACCAGACCGAUGGAGCAGCUGGAGAAGGACUGGAAGCUCAUGGAGACGAUGACGAUGCUCUUCCUGGCUGAAGUGGAGCAAGAGGGCCAAUCAGGGGAGGGAAGGAGAGAGCUGGCAGAAACCCUGCUGGCUGCCUUGACAGACAGACAGCAGCAAAGACAGACAUGGAGAGACAGGUGCCACUCCAGUCUGGCCCAGACAUUACCCCCUGAGGAAGCCCCAGUGGACCGGCCUUUCUGGGGUGUGGAUGACCCCGGCAUGCCACUACCCUUUGAUUUGGCCGACAUCAUCAACAGAGUGGAGUUACUGCUCUGGAGGAUGUGAAGGGUGUCAAGAGGUAUUAAGAAAGAGACAAAAAAAAUACCCCACCAGCUUUUUUUCAAAUGCUCCCACAUCAUCCGAGGGACAGACCACUGAGCAGUCCUCCGUUGUGAUCCUACCAAGAUUGAUUUGCUUUUGAUUUGGGGCAUCUGCAUCUCCACUUACUCCACCCUCCACUACCCCAGAUGAUGUCCUUGGCAUCUAAGCCUGCUACACCUUGGAUCUGGCUUGAAGAAAAAACCAGAGCACCACAAUAUUACCACAAUAGUGCUUCAGUAACAUGCUAACAAUGCUAGCAGCGCUUAAUGACAUGCUACUAGUGACACAAUGGUCUAACGAAAAAAAACACAAGUGGAACCGGCAUUUCAGUGUUAGCAUACAUGUGUAACUAUUUAUUAUUUCUGUGUAUUCUGUUAGAUAACCAUGUAACCCAGAUAUGCUUUCAUCAAUGUAUGGACUCUUUUCUCAGUAGUCACAGUACAGUACAUACACAUGCUUUCUAUUUGUCACAUAGUGUUAUUAUACAGUAUGGAAUGAUAAAGUGCUCACACAGCGUUGCAUUUACUUUUGUAUAGUAAACCCCUUAAUUGUCUUCAAAGGUUGAACGAGCCUGAAGAAACCAAAGAAAGAUUAUGAAGAAAGUUAUGAAUGUCACCCAACGAAGAACAUGAAGAAUGUGCUUUUUAAGGUUUAAGCUGCAAUGGUGUGUGUGUGUGUGUGUGUGUGUGUGUGUGUGUGUGUGUGUGUGUGUGUGUGUGUGUGUGUGUGUGUGUGUGUGUGUGUGUGUGUGUGUGUGUGUGUGUGUGUGUGUGUGUGUGUGUGUGUGUGUGUGUGUGUGUGUGUGUGUGUGUGUGUGUGUGUGUGUGUGUUCACUAGCCAUGUGAAUAUACAUGUCAGUUGUCUAUUUGUGUGUUUGUGUUUGUGCACGUUCACUCUCCCACUUGUCUACAUGAAGGCGUGUGUGUAUGAAUGUGAUAGUGUGUGUGUGAGAGCCUGUAGGCAGCCUGCCAGUUGUUUGUUCUUGAAGAUACGCAUAUGGAGAAACAGAGAGUAGCAGCGGGGCCCCCUCUGCCUCUGCUCUGAUGAAAGACAGCACUGAUAGAAUGACCCGGAACACAACCGCCGUUUCUCAUAAUUACAGCUGUUCAAUCGCUUUUAAUUACUCUUAAAGUGUGUAGAGCACCAUAUUCCUCUGUAAUGCUGCAGGCCAUCCGAGAAAGAGAGAGAGGGAGAGAGUGAGCGAAACAUCCGGAGCUUCUGACAAAAUCCACUUUCAAAAAAAAGCUCAGAAGGGUGGAAAAGGGGGCCGACGUCAAAGCAGCGUAUCAGCCCUCCUCAUUUGAUUCCUUUAUCUAGUUCAUGAUGAAGUAGAGACGCUGUUUACUAUUAAAAAUGCAGAAUGCACUCCUUUUUUUACUUCUGAAGUUUUUUCCAAGAUGUUAAUAGUUGCCAAAUGCUCUUCUUCUUGCUUCUUUUUUUUGCUGCGCCUCUGUUGUUUGUUGUUGUCAGAGAGAUUUGUUUGUAGAUCGGCAGUAAUGUUGACUUGUUUGAAUCACUCUGUGCUCCCUGCGCCACAGCUUGUCUGUCUGAAGCAAUAGGAAUGGCAGUAAAUAAAAAAACAAGUGUUUUAUUCAAUGA